AUGGAGACACCAACCACGACAACUACUGCGCUUACGACACCCGCACACAGUUCACUGGAACUCGACGGAAUGGCCUCCACCUCAACCGUCGAAGAAAUCGUGAAAUCAGUCCUCAGCCUCCAUAAAAAUUCUCUAGCGAAUAUGAGGUCAACGGCUAGACACAGCAAUGCCACUUCCAAUGGAUACGCUAGAUGUCAUCAAUGUUCUCGUCUGCUGAGCACGACGUCUGGGUCUCUCAUUUCUCAUGCUAUCUCUCACUAUCCGGUCAAGCGAUUUGGAUGUCCGCAUUGUGGAUCGCAAUUUUUUAAGAAAAGCAUGUACCUGGAUCAUGUGAAGAGUGCGCAUCCGGAUGAGAAGGCUAUCGAACCCGUGGAUUUACGGACUGAAAACCGUGACCCAGCGAACGAUGCGAUCCGUUCAGAGUGGCGUCGCGUAGCCCUUGAAUGUUUCCCCAGCCAUUCACAUCUUUUCAAAUCGGCCAAAACACCGACAA